GGACGCACCGAUGUUCCCCGAGGAGCCAUCACCGCCGAGUUCAGCGUCUGUCCCCGCUCCCGCAGCGACCUCUCUGCGGUUGGGGAGUUGGAGAGAACGGCCGGAGCUCCGUCCUUCCCCAGCAGGUUCCUGAAGCUGCGCAGCGAUCAGGCCUCGGGGAGCCCGCGGGGCCGGAGAGCGGGGGGCGCGGGGCCCCCAGCAAAGGGCACCCCGGGCAGCGCCUCCCGCGCACGGUCGAGCUCAGCUCUGAGGAAAGUGGCACAACUCGAAAGCAAAAUCAUGAAUCGGAAACAGCAGGUGGGAUUGCAAAGCGCUGAGCUGGGCCGGAAGGUUUUGGAUGAAGAGUCUUUCUCCUCUGCUUCUAGUCAUGAACACAGUGGGAGGGGCAAGAAAUACCUGAAGAGCUAUGCUAGAAACAGCAGAAAUGUGCCAGAGGAGGAGGAAAAUACCCAAAUCCCUAAAAAGAAUGUUAAACAGCAGCUUGGUUUGGACAGUGAUGAAGAGGAAAUGAGAGAACAGAUGGAGGGGUUUUCCAGUAGAAAUGAGAACCCAAGGAUUGCUGCAAGGGAUUCUAAAGGGGGUGGAAAGAGUAAGACUGCAGUUUCCUCAGGAAUACCUCCUCCAUCUCAUAAGAAAAUGUCACCAACAGAGGCAUUUAAAGCAUCUUCUUUUCAUAGCAAAGACUCAGAAAACAAUAUUUUUGGUGGAGUUAAUUCACCAACACCUUCAGCAGCCAGCAGAGACCUGUCAGCACAAGGGACUGUGAGGUCUCAAUCAUCUGCCUCUUCCCUGAAAGACACUGUGAAGAACACUCUGCCUAAAACAGGCUACAUCAAGCAAAGCCAAAUAUCACCUGGAAGUGACAAAAGUGACAUCAAGUCAUUAGAUGAAUUGUUCUUAGAUGCAGAUGAUGCAGAAGAUUCAACUACCAGCAGCUCUAAUGACUUCAGACUGAACAUACUGAGCCUUGAUGAUUUGGCACCAGAAACCACCAGUGAGGCAGCAGAAUUAAAGCAGGAAGGGACAGACAUUCAAAUCACUCAAGAAUCCAACAGAAAUCCAGAAAAAGAUGCAUUCCUGGUGGUAAAGGACCCAAUUUCUCUAAAAAUGACAAGUGCAGGAACUGGUGUGGAUGACUCUUCUGAAGAGGAGAUUGAAAAAACUGGGACUGAAGCUGAAAUCUCUGAGCAUUUAAGUGAAUUUUCUGCAGAUUUCCCUAGACACAAAGAGGAUUCUCUUGAUCGUGAUGAGAGAACUGUUAACUCAGAAUAUUCUGAUGACUUUGAAAGGUCUCUGUCUACAACAGACAGCAAAGCUGGAUGCAAAAUGUCAGAGGAACACUCUGAGAGCUGCACCUAUUCUGAAAAACAUCCCCCUUCAACAUCAUCACUUUUAUUUACCAGAGAGCAGCAUGACCAGGUACACAGAGUAACUGUCAAGGAAACUGCAGUUCAGACAGUGGAUCUUCCAUUCAGCUACUGCUGGUCACAGGCAACCGCCACUGCAGCGCUUGACCCCCCUGUAGGGAACAGCUACGUCGAUCCAGUACCUGUUGCCAGUCAUGUCAUCAGCAUGGAUGCAGUAGAAGCCCUGACAGCGUACAACCCCGCCGCUCUUGUUUUAAACUCCAUGUUGAAGCAGCACUUGAUGUUGACUCAGCAGUUCAUGGAGAACAUUCACCACCUUCACUUCUCCCUUGUGGAGUCACUGGAGAAGGAGCAGUUCCACUACCACACCCUGGAAGAGGCUAAAGAGUACAUCAAGAAGCACAAAUCCCCACCUCUAACACUUGAGCAGGCACGUGAAAAAAUCCAGAAAGCACAGGAGGAAAAACUGCUUUGA